AUGUUGGGAAUGCUUAUAGAAAAAAGUGGACAAGAACUUAACGGGAUAUCAGCAAUUUUUCCAUUCAUGAUUCUUGGAAGAGUUUUAUUAUGUGUAAAUCAAGUUUCGGCAAGCAGUAGAAUGAUGACAGAAAAUCUUUGUAUUUUCUAUUCAUUUAUAUUUUACUUCGAAUGUGCUAAUAUUAUUUGAAUAUAUCAUCUCUUUUUAGAGAAUAAGUCAAAGUGAUUUUUGUCUUUUGUAUGCAUACCAAUUUUUUGUGAACUCCAAAUUUAUUUAUUCAUAUUUCUUUCUCAAAAAGAUCAGAUCAGCCCAGUCACAUUUAUUUCUAUUAUAGCAUUAUCAUGGAUUUCCUAUUGAAUCGUGGCAUUAUUUAUGUUUGUUACUUCAAAACUCGUUGACGAUAAAAGUAUUCAAUUUUUGACUUACUUAGUAUUGAUAAUUAUCCAAUCUCUUUAUAAUAAUUACACAGCCUGAUAUUUUGAAUGAUUCAUUAUGCGUUGUGUGUUUUGGAUAUAUGAAGCAAUAUGUCUAUCAAGCUUUAUUUAUUUUUCAAGCUACUUAAUAAUAAAAUAUUUAUCAAAAUUCACUACUUCCAACAAAAAUUUGAAAUACUUUGAUUCUCUAAUUUCAAAAUUUUUAGAAGAAGAAGAAAUGGGAUAUAUUAAAUUGGCCUGCUGAUCAUUGUUUUUUUGUGUAGAGUAUAAUGUUAUUUAUCGGAUUAUAGCUAAUUGGCCAUCAUGAAUGACAACUGAACUUAUACUUUUUUCAACUUCAGUUAGCUUUGGAUGGCUUUUAUUCCUUACUCCUCCUUUAAAUGAUAAUGCAGCAAAAUGAGCAAAUUUAACAAUUUUAUAAAAUCAAAAUUGUAUAUAUUUGAAAGGGAAACCCAAUUUAAUUAUUCAAUUUAUGUUUUAGUUUGCAAGUUGUCUAAAUCAAUAUAACUAUCUCAAGGUCUCAUUAUUAUGAUCGUUAAUUAUGUAUCAAAAUGCUAUAUAUUAAAAAUGUUUCCCUUUAGCAAUAGGAUUAAUAUAUACAAUGGCUUGGCUAGCUAUCCAAAGAUUGAGGGAGUUAGAGAAACAUUUGACUUAAAAAACUAUGAAACUCAUUAUGUUUUAAAUAUUUUUGCUUGCUACACUCAAAUUCAAAUGAUUUAUAAUUUUUUUUGAAUUUUUAGGAUGUUUUUAAACGAAUAA